AUGUGUGAGCUUCCCGCGCCGCGCGACACCUCGCCGCCGCCCUUCUUCUACGACGCCGACGCCGCGGACCCGGUGGACGUGGAGCUGCUGCGCGAGCUGGUGGCGCUGAACCGCGCCGUGCAGGCGCGGCUCAACGUGAGGCGUGUGGCGCCCGGCCGGUACGUGCUGGAGGGCUGCCCGGUGAGCAUCGGGCUGCGGGGCUCCCGGCAGCUCGUGGUGCGCCCGCUCAGGUCUGUGGACGACGAGCGGUCAAGAAGCCACUACCCGUCAGACGACGAAGGGGAUGAGGACAGCAUGGAGGACGGCGACGAGCCAGACGGCGCCUGUUCCGAAUUCGAGGAGGUGCCCCUGGGGACGUACCUGCGCCAGCUGGCGAACGUGGGCCCGGACCCCAG